AUGACGGAGGCUGAUGCUUCCCAAGUUCUGGAGAACUGUGUCAACUUGGGUGAACUGAGGAGAAAACCUGGGAUGCAUCUGAGCGAGGUUGAUGGCCUCCUGCAACAGAUUGAGCGCGAGCGAAGAACUGCCAAAAGGGACCCACCAGAGGAUGCCCGAAAGACAUUAGAAUAUUGCAAAAAGUUCAAGCACUUGCAGAACACUGUUACUGCCAAAUCAGCCAAGCAAGAGCUGAUGAGAUUGAUACCGGUGGACGGCCGCUAUGUGAAGCGUUGCAGAGAUUUUGAGGCCACCCAGCUUUUAAACCUGAUGCCCGGAACAGCGGAUGAAGCCAGGAAGUUGAUCCCGACCUUGGAUGGAAAUAGAUAUCUUGACGACUUAGUGAAAGAGCUGGGACAAUUGAAAGAGUACGACCCAUUCAUUGAGUAG